AUGGAGGACCACGAAAAAGAAUACGACAGCACUUCACCUCCCGGAACUGCCACUGAAGAAGGGAACGUGAAUUACCUCAACACACUUACUGUUCCUGAUAUAAACCUCCGAGAAGCCAGCAGUGCCGAGACCCUAACACCUCAUCCCUCUGUCGUUCCGCCUCCCCAAAAGACUGCAGAAUGGCAUAUGACACCGCAAGUCAUUCGGAAUGCCGAACGCGACGAAGCAGCUGGCUUCAAGAGACGCGAGCUAGGAGUCACUUGGCAAAAUCUCUCGGUUGAGGUUCUUGCUGCUGAAGCAGCAGUCAAAGAGAACAUGAUCUCCCAAUUCAACGUUGCUCAACUCAUCAAAGACUUCCGGCGGAAACCACCUCUCAAGUCGAUCUUGUCGAACAGCCAUGGAUGUGUCAAACCCGGUGAAAUGCUUCUCGUUCUUGGACGUCCCGGAUCCGGAUGCACUACUCUUCUCAAGAUGCUUGCCAAUCGUCGCGAAGGAUACAAAAACAUCACCGGAGAUGUCCGGUUUGGAAACAUGACUCCGGAAGAAGCGUCAAAAUACCAAGGUCAAAUUGUGAUGAACACCGAAGAAGAGCUCUUUUACCCUCGGUUGACAGUGGGCCAGACGAUGCACUUUGCUACCAAGCUCAAAGUCCCUUACCACCUCCCCGGGGAAGCCAAGAGCGUUGCCGAAUAUACCGCCGAGACAAAGCAGUUCCUUCUUGAAUCCAUGGGUAUCGCCCAUACUGCCGAUACAAAAGUUGGCAAUGAAUUUGUCCGAGGUGUGAGCGGUGGAGAAAGAAAGCGAGUAUCUAUCAUUGAGUGCCUCGCUACGAGAGGCUCUGUUUUUACCUGGGACAACUCGACAAGAGGACUGGACGCUUCUACGGCCCUGGAAUGGGCCAAAGCCCUUCGAGCCAUGACCGACGUGCAAGGCCUUUCUACUAUUGUGACGCUCUACCAAGCUGGGAAUGGAAUCUAUAAUCUUUUUGAUAAGGUUCUGGUCCUCGAUGAAGGAAAGCAGAUCUACUAUGGCCCGGCAGCAGAAGCCAAACCAUUCAUGGAAAAUCUUGGAUUUGUAUACACGGAUGGUGCCAAUAUUGGUGAUUUCCUCACGGGUUUGACCGUUCCGACCGAACGAAAGAUUAGACCUGGUUGGGAGAACAGGUUCCCCCGGACGGCUGAUGCGAUCUUGACUGAGUACCAGAACUCGGCAACAUACAAGAACGAAGUGUCUUUGUACGGGUAUCCCGACACUGACCUUGCUGCCGAGCGAACGGAGGCAUUCAAAGAAUCUGUCGCCUGGGAGAAGUCUAAACACCUACCUAAAGGCAGUGAUUUGACUACCAGCUUCUGGGCCCAGCUUAUGGCAUGUACGGCCAGACAGUACCAAAUCCUUUGGGGCGAGAAGAGCACGUUCUUGAUCAAACAGAUUCUGUCGUGUGUCAUGGCAUUGAUUGCCGGCUCUUGUUUCUACAACUCUCCAGACACCUCUGCAGGUCUUUUCACUAAGGGCGGUGCCGUAUUCUUUUCGUUGCUAUACAACUGCAUUGUGGCUAUGUCGGAGGUCACCGAAUCAUUCAAAGGUCGUCCUAUUCUGACAAAGCACAAGUCUUUUGCCAUGUAUCAUCCGGCUGCGUUUUGUCUAGCUCAGAUUACUGCGGAUUUCCCGGUAUUGCUGUUCCAAUGCACGAUCUUCUCGGUUGUGAUCUACUGGAUGGCUGGAUUGAAGCAUACUGCAGCGGCGUUUUUCACUUUCUGGGCUAUUCUUUUCAUCACAACCCUGUGCAUUACUGCGUUGUUCAGAUUCAUCGGGGCUGCCUUUAGUACCUUCGAAGCUGCAUCUAAGAUCAGUGGCACAGCCGUCAAGGGUAUUGUCAUGUACGCAGGCUAUAUGAUCCCGAAGCCCCAGAUCAAGAAUUGGUUCCUCGAGUUAUAUUACACCAAUCCCUUUGCAUACGCCUUCCAAGCUGCAUUGAGUAACGAGUUUCAUGGCCAGCACAUCGAAUGUGUUGGUGGAAAUUUGAUUCCCAGUGGCCCUGGAUACGAGAACGUUGGAUCCGCUCAUAAGUCUUGUGCGGGGGUUGGCGGUGCUCUCCCAGGUGCCGAUUUCGUGACAGGAGACCAGUACCUCUCAUCCCUUCACUACAAGCAUUCUCAGAUGUGGCGGAACUUUGGUGUUGUCUGGGCCUGGUGGGGUUUCUUCGCUGUCCUGACGGUUGUGUUCACAUGUUUCUGGAAAUCUGGUGCUGCAUCUGGAUCUUCCCUUCUCAUUCCCCGUGAGAAUCUCAAGAAACAUCAAGUUGGCAGUGAUGAGGAAGCUCAAAAAGACGAGAAGCGUGCUGCUCGGACCACCACUGAUGAGCCAGUUCAAGUCGAUGAUGACAAUCUUGUUCGCAACACGUCUAUCUUUACCUGGAAGAACCUCACUUACACAGUCAAAACACCGAGUGGUGACCGAGUUCUCCUGGACAAUAUCAAUGGAUGGGUGAAACCCGGCAUGCUCGGGGCUCUUAUGGGAUCUUCUGGAGCUGGCAAAACAACCCUACUUGAUGUACUCGCACAACGCAAGACCGAAGGUACCAUAAAAGGCUCCGUCUUGGUUGACGGCCGCGAGUUGCCAGUCUCCUUCCAGCGCAUGGCAGGGUACUGUGAACAGUUGGAUGUUCACGAGUCUUAUGCCACUGUGAGAGAAGCCUUGGAGUUUUCUGCUCUACUGAGACAGUCUCGAGACAUUCCAAAGGCAGAGAAGCUCAAAUACGUUGAAACAAUUAUUGACCUCUUGGAACUCCACGAUCUCGCCGACACUCUUAUUGGAACUGUGGGUAAUGGGCUCUCUGUUGAACAGCGAAAGCGUGUGACAAUUGGAGUGGAACUUGUCUCAAAACCUAGCAUUCUUAUCUUCUUGGACGAACCUACUUCAGGUCUUGAUGGUCAAUCCGCGUACAACACCGUCAGAUUCCUUCGGAAGCUAGCAGAUGUUGGCCAAGCGGUCCUAGUCACUAUUCACCAGCCUUCUGCUCAGCUAUUCGCUCAGUUCGAUACUCUCCUUCUCCUCGCAAGAGGUGGGAAAACUGUCUACUUUGGUGAUAUCGGCGACAAUGGGGCCACGAUCAAACAGUACUUCGGCAAGUACGGGGCCAUUUGUCCUCAAGAGGCGAAUCCGGCGGAGUUCAUGAUUGAUGUCGUCACUGGUGGCAUUAAAGAAGUAAAGGACAAAGACUGGCAUCAGAUCUGGCUCGACUCUGCCGAACAGCACCAGAUGAUCACUGAGCUGGACAGAAUGAUCGAAGUUGCUGCUAGCAAGCCACCAGGUACCGUUAAUGACGGCUACGAGUUCUCCAUGCCUCUCUGGGAACAAAUCAAGAUCGUCACUCAUCGCAUGAACGUCUCACUUUUCCGUAAUACCGCCUAUGUCAACAACAAAUUUUCCCUGCACAUUAUCUCGGCAAUGUUGAAUGGAUUCUCGUUCUGGCGACCCGGUCCCAGCGUGACCGCUUUGCAGCUCAAGAUGUUCACCAUAUUUAAUUUUGUCUUCGUUGCUCCGGGUGUCAUCAACCAACUCCAACCCCUCUUCAUCCAGCGCCGUGAUAUCUACGAUGCCCGCGAGAAAAAGUCCAAGAUGUAUUCCUGGAUCGCAUUCGUCACUGGACUUAUCGUUUCGGAGUUCCCGUAUCUUUGCAUUUGCGCCGUUCUCUACUUUGUUUGCUGGUACUGGCCAGUUUGGAGAUUGCCUCAUGACUCCAACCGCUCUGGAGCGAUCUUCUUCAUGAUGUUGAUCUACGAGUUCAUCUACACUGGGAUUGGGCAGUUCAUUGCCGCGUAUGCACCGAACCCAACUUUUGCGGCGCUUGUCAACCCGUUGAUCAUCAGUGUUCUCGUGCUGUUCUGCGGCGUCUUCGUUCCCUACGACCAGCUGAACGUGUUCUGGAAGUACUGGAUGUAUUACCUGAACCCGUUCAACUAUGUCGUCAACGGCAUGUUGACCUUCGGUCUAUGGGGACAGAAAGUAACCUGCAAUGAGAACGAGUUUGCACUCUUCGAUCCGACCAAUGGUACUUGUGGCGAGUAUCUGGCGGACUACCUGACUGGUAAAGGCAGCGGAGUCAAUUUGCUGAAUCCAGAUGCUACCUCGGGCUGCAAGGUCUGUGAGUACAGCACUGGAAGUGAUUUCCUGCGGACACUCAACGUGAACCAUUACUAUUAUGGAUGGAGGGAUGCAGGAAUCACUGUCAUCUAUGCCAUAUCGGGCUAUGCGCUUGUGUUUGGUCUUAUGAAGCUGAGGACCAAGGCGUCCAAGAAGGCCGAAUAG